CCGUCGAGCAACCAUGGCGGCGGCGGUAACCCUCCUCCGCCUUCCUCUCGCCCGACUCUCCUACCACCUCCGCUCCGUACCUUCCUCUCGUCUCCCGUCCCCGCGCCUCCGUAUCUUUGCCUCCCAUCGCCUUUUCUCCUCCCUGGACCAUGGCUCCGCCUCUGCUUCCGCCUCCGCGGCCGUGGCCGAGGUUGUAGGCGUGCCGGACGCGGAGGAGUCGGUAGAGGAGGAAUCUGCGGCCGAGGCCGAGGCGGAGGCGCCCAGGUCGUUCGUGCUCCCACGGCUGCCGCGGCCGAAGCUGAGCGUGAAGGAGCGGAAGGAGCUGGCCUCGUACGCUCACGGCCUCGGCAAAAAGCUCAAGUCGCAACAGGUCGGUAAGAGCGGCGUCACACCGAACCUUGUCUCCGCCUUCAGUGACAACCUCGAGUCCAACGAGCUCCUAAAGCUAAAAAUUCAUGGGAACUGCCCUGGGGAGCUACCUGAUGUGAUACUGCAACUUGAGGAGUCAACAGGAUCCAUCGCUGUUGACCAAAUUGGUCGCUCUGUUAUUCUGUAUAGGCCUAGCACCAGCAAGAUGAAAAAGAAGCAACAGGUUGAUGAAAAUGCUAGGAGGUUUUCAAGAACUGAAGAAGGAAACGCUAGGCGGUUUGCGAAAUCCGAAGAAUCAUUUGAAGAACGCCCUAGAAACAGACCAGGCAGAAGAUCUGUUGGAUCUGGAUCCACAUUUAAGGGGGCGCAACAGAAGAGAAGACCGAUGGCAUCCAAGGGGUCUUCUUCAUAUGGCCGAGGAUAGCAGUGGCAUAAAACACUAUAUGCUUGCUUUUUUUUCGUGUUGUCUGUGCUCCGGACCCUGGAGCGUUCAUGUGAAGUUCUCGACGAACUGGUUGGAGCACAUGGCAGUGUUUAGUUCUAGUUUUGACAAGUAAGUUGUGGUUCCAGGUCUCAUCAACUGCACAAUGAAAUAGGCACAAGAUACUUUGUGUCAACUACUUGCGAUUUUGUGCAAGACUAGCACAGGAACAUGGAGUUUCUUCAGUUUUGACCGUAGACCUCGUCCAUCUGGUCCUUGAAAUCACAGCAGAGGACCAUCCAUUGGACUGUCAUGUUUUUGCGACUUCGUUGAGCAGCUGUCUGUUGAUGUUUCACUGAGAGUCUCAGGCUGGUGCAGGGUCAAGUGCUUAACAUCCAUAUUGCCCCUGUCAUGAGUUAUAACCAUGGUUCCAAGAACCAUCUCAGCAACAGCAACAUUGCUAGGCCGCCAUAGUUCUACUAGAAGUGUGGUGGAGCUUCUUAGCUACAAUGUGAACUUUUUCUAAGCCGAACUUAAACUUCUAAUUUUUUUUAAGCCGGCGAGCCGGUUAGCUCCAAAGCAGUCUAGACGGAUGUGGUGCGCACAUGUGCAUUUCUUCGACUGAUGUCAUGAGCUCCAUUCCUGAUAGUCAAUAAAUGCCCAGAUAUUUGGUUUC